UGACGUACGUUACUGACUUGGAGGUGAUAUAACAAACGAUAAACUGUGUAUGACUAUGUAUGGUGUCAAGUCGCUUUCGCGAUUCGCACGUCGAAGCGUUAACACGUGUGCUGUGUUCUCUCUCUACGAUUUUUUUUAUUAUAAACGUGAUUACAGUGACGAAGAAUCAGUAAUUGGAUAAAAUAUAAACGCUAUCUUCCAGAAUAAUACAAGAAUUCCCGCGAUUCUUUGUGCUGUCACAAAUGCGAUGGAAAUGCGGAUGACGGAUGCGAUGCAGCGUCACGUGAGGAGCCUGUCCUUUCCGGAAGACAGCAGGAUGGGGCUGUUUUUUGCUCUUGCCAUUCCUCUGGACGAUCCAUCGUCGACGAUGUCGGUGGCUAUGUUUCUCGAGGCAGAGUACGAGUUGCCGACGAACGUGACGGAAAUCGAACAGACGAGCGGAGAUGGUGAGGACAGGGUCAAGAGAAACGCUAAUCGACAACAACGAAGGGUCAUAGAUCGUACCACGAUCUACGCCAUGCUGGAGUCCAAAUUUGAAUCAAUGGGGUAUCCGGGACGUCAAUGUCUUCUUAGAUCCAUAUGCGAGACCAAACGACAAGCCGUUCACAUCCAUAACGGGCUACUCGGCGAUCUGUUGCGUAUCGUAUUUGCACCAAGCUCGUCCAUGCCGGAAGAAAAUCUUCUUCAGGAGUACAUCGACGCGGAGAAUGUUAAAGAAACGGAGGAAUGUAUGGGAAUAUAUUCCUCCUGCGAAUUUAACAUUUACGACUUUGUAACUUUUCCAGAAGCAUGAAGUUUUUCUUCCUGGGAAGUGCGUUGCACGCGAAUUUCCUAAGGGUGUAUCCAUGCGGAAGGGUAAUUCUAUUUUCACGCGACUUGAAUAUUUUUGCUGUCGCUGGGCGUGUGAAUGUGCAUGCGUUAUAAAGGCCGUUUCCGUACUGAUUCAACAAAAUGUACAAGUGUAUUCUCUUGGUAUCAUUGUAUCACGAAAUCAAAUAAAACGCUUGAGAA